AUGUUACGCAAGCGACCAUCAUUUAUGGUACAGGAUAUACUACGCGAAACUGAUGAUAAACCAUUGAAACACUGGCAGCUUCAGAGUAUUUUCAAUUUACAAACAAAUGAAGAUUUUUUCAUCCAUAAUAGUAACAAUAGUGACAACAGCAGUGCAGCCACCACCGCCACCACUACUAAUGCUACUAAUAUUGAUGAUAUUAGUAGUAUAUGUAGGCUGUAUCAGAAGAAAAGCAAUAUGCUCAAUGAUCAAUAUGAUAAAUGGUGUCCCUCUGAGAUUUUAAAUACAAACAGUAAUGAAUGGGAUCAACACCCGAAUGAUGCAAAGCGUAGUGUAUUGUUAAAUAACACGAAAGAUGGAGGUGAGUUAUUCGUUAAAUGGACGAGCUUUUUAUGA